AUGACGUUCCACAAGCUGGUGAAGAACAACGCGUACUACAGUCGCUUCCAGACCAAGUACAAGCGUAGGCAGCAGGGCAAGACCGACUACUACGCUCGCAAGCGCCUCAUCACCCAGGCCAAGAACAAGUACAAUGCGCCCAAGUACCGCAUGGUCGUCCGCUUCACCAACAAGGACAUCAUCUGCCAGAUCGUCACCUCUGAGAUCUCUGGCGACAAGGUCUUCAGCGCCGCUUACGCCCACGAGCUCCCCGCUUUCGGCAUCAAGCACGGUCUGACCAACUGGUCCGCCGCUUACGCCACCGGUCUCCUCCUCGCCCGCCGCACUCUUAGCAAGCUCGGCCUCGACAAGGAGUUCACCGGUGUUGAGGAGGCUGAUGGCGAGUUCACCCUCACUGAGGCCGCCGAGACCGACGAUGGCGAGCGCCGUCCCUUCAAGGCCUUCCUCGACGUCGGCCUUGCCCGCACCUCCACCGGUGCCCGUGUCUUCGGCGCCAUGAAGGGUGCCUCCGACGGUGGCAUUCUCAUCCCCCACAACGAGAAGCGUUUCCCCGGUUACGACAUGGAGUCCAAGGAGCUGGACGCUGAGACCCUCAAGCGUUACAUCUUCGGUGGCCACGUUGCCGAGUACAUGGAGACCCUCGCCGAUGACGAUGAGGAGCGCUACAAGUCCCAGUUCCAGCAGUACGUCGAUGACGACGUCGAGGCUGACGGCGUUGAGGACAUGUACACCGAGGCCCACGCCGCCAUCCGUGAGGACCCCUGGAAGAAGGUCGAGGGCUCCAAGAAGACUAAGGAGGAGUGGAAGGCCGAGUCCCUCAAGUACAAGACUGCCCGCCUCACCAAGGAGGAGAAGGAGCAGCGCGUGCGCGAGAGGAUCGUCGCCCUCCGCGACGAGUAA